AUGUGGUCCACUGAUCAAACUUCGAACUGGAACGUGGGAGUGGGGAGCCUGGUCUUCCUGACCACCGUGGGAGUGGGGAGCCUGGUCUUCCUGGCCACCGUGGGAGUGGGGAGCCUGGUCUUCCUGGCCACCGUGGGAGUGGGGAGCCUGGCCACCGUGGGAGUUGGGAGCCUGGCCACCGUGGGAGUGGGGAGCCUGGCCACCGUGGGAGUGGGGAGCCUGGCCACCGUGGGAGUGGGGAGCCUGACCACCGUGGGAGUGGGGAGCCUGACCACCGUGGGAGUGGGGAGCCUGACCACCGUGGGAGUGGGGAGCCUGACCACCGUGGGAGUGGGGAGCCUGACCACCGUGGGAGUGGAGAGCCUGACCACCGUGGGAGUGGGGAGCCUGGUCUUCCUGACCACCGUGGGAGUGGGGAGCCUGACCACCGUGGGAGUGGGGAGCCUGGCCACCGUGGGAGUGGGGAGCCUGGCCACCGUGGGAGUGGGGAGCCUGGCCACCGUGGGAGUGGGGAGCCUGGCCACCGUGGGAGUGGGGAGCCUGGCCACCGUGGGAGUGGGGAGCCUGGCCACCGUGGGAGUGGGGAGCCUGGCCACCGUGGGAGUGGGGAGCCUGGCCACCGUGGGAGUGGGGAGCCUGGCCACCGUGGGAGUGGGGAGCCUGGCCACCGUGGGAGUGGGGAGCCUGGCCACCGUGGGAGUGGGGAGCCUGGCCACCGUGGGAGUGGGGAGCCUGGCCACCGUGGGAGUGGGGAGCCUGGCCACCGUGGGAGUGGGGAGCCUGGCCACCGUGGGAGUGGGGAGCCUGGCCACCGUGGGAGUGGGGAGCCUGGCCACCGUGGGAGUGGGGAGCCUGGCCACCGUGGGAGUGGGGAGCCUGGCCACCGUGGGAGUGGGGAGCCUGGCCACCGUGGGAGUGGGGAGCCUGGCCACCGUGGGAGUGGGGAGCCUGGCCACCGUGGGAGUGGGGAGCCUGGCCACCGUGGGAGUGGGGAGCCUGGCCACCGUGGGAGUGGGGAGCCUGGCCACCGUGGGAGUGGGGAGCCUGGCCACCGUGGGAGUGGGGAGCCUGGCCACCGUGGGAGUGGGGAGCCUGGCCACCGUGGGAGUGGGGAGCCUGGCCACCGUGGGAGUGGGGAGCCUGGCCACCGUGGGAGUGGGGAGCCUGGCCACCGUGGGAGUGGGGAGCCUGGCCACCGUGGGAGUGGGGAGCCUGGCCACCGUGGGAGUGGGGAGCCUGGCCACCGUGGGAGUGGGGAGCCUGGCCACCGUGGGAGUGGGGAGCCUGGCCACCGUGGGAGUGGGGAGCCUGGCCACCGUGGGAGUGGGGAGCCUGGCCACCGUGGGAGUGGGGAGCCUGGCCACCGUGGCCACCGUGGGAGUGGGGAGCCUGGCCACCGUGGGAGUGGGGAGCCUGGCCACCGUGGGAGUGGGGAGCCUGGCCACCGUGGGAGUGGGGAGCCUGGCCACCGUGGGAGUGGGGAGCCUGCAGGCCACCGUGGGAGUGGGGAGCCAAUUUAUUAUACGGCUGUGA